GACGCUACAGGUAAUCCGUGCCGGCAAAGCCACCAUACCACCCAAGCCUCCUUUUGCUAUGGCCCAAGGAAACAAAAGACCAAAACCGAGAAUUAAACGCUCAGGUCAGGAAGUCUCACUGGAAUUUACAAUCUCUCCCUCUCUCUCUCUCUCUCUCUCUUUCUCUCUGUGUUUCUGUUAAUAUUUCCAUGGCGGACCCUCCAUCUUCUCCUGCUGCUACCUUAGACCCUAAUUCUAAUAAACCGGAGUCCGCUAACCCGACCCUUCAACCCUCCCAACCCGAUCCAACGUUCAACUCCACAACGCCACCGCCACCGCCACCGCCACUGUCACAGCUACAAUCUGCAACUCCCCACGCACCAAACCCUAACCCUAACCCUAGUCCGAAUACGUAUCCUGUUAUAUCAGCACCGGCACACGCCUUCCCAUCCUACGCGCUUCCUAUUUCCGGCGCUUCUGUGCCUCCCGUGGCCCAGUCGUUCUUUCCAGUUCCGCAAUUCUCUCCGCUGCCGAACUAUCAAAUCCCUAGUGUUGGAGUGCAGCCUCCUGGUGUGAGUGCACCGUCAGUUAUGGCAUCUGGUGCGCCAGGAGCGGUUCCGGUGCCUACUCCCAUGAUGCCGUAUCAGGUUCCGCCAGGUCAGCCUACAAAUCCGGCUUUGAGACGGUACGCGCCUAUGACAAAUGGUUAUGGUGUCAUGCCGGGAGCUGCUUCUCAAGGGACUGUGCCACCUCCUGGAAUUCAACGAUAUUCCUUGCCAUACCCAGCUAUGGUUCGGCCCAUGUUUCCUCCUCGUCCACCUGGAGCAAUUGGUGUGCUUCCAGCAGCAUCCCGCCCUCUUGUUCCAGGGAUUCCUGGUGUUCGUCCAAUUGUAUCCCCCAUUGUUAGACCAGCUUUUCCUUCUGUCACACCAGCAGAGAAACCACAAACUACGGUUUAUGUUGGCAAGAUAGAAUCUACUGUGGAGAAUGAUUUUAUGUUAUCCCUUCUUCAGUUAUGUGGAACUGUCAAGAGUUGGAAACGUGCUCAAGACCCCAGUGAUGGGACUCCUAAACGCUUUGGGUUUUGUGAAUUCGAAUCUGCUGAAGGAGUUCUCCGUGCAUUACGUCUACUGAAUAAAUUUAAUAUUGAUGGGCAAGAACUGGUGCUAAAUGUUAAUCAAGCAACAACAGAAUAUUUGGAGCGGUAUGUUGAAAAGAAAGCUGAAAACUCCAAGAAACUCAAAGAAAAUCAAGCUGCAAGGACUGACAAGGAGGACGGAACAACCCCAGGUGGUGAAAAGAAUGAACCUUCCAAUUCCUCUGGGGAGGAUUCUAACAAUGACAUGGAAAAGGGGAACAAAGACAACCAUGAUCUCACUAACUUUGGGAUUGUGACUGACGAAGACAAGGAAGGUGACCGAGAGGCUUUGAUGAAACUUACUAGCAUGAUUGAAGAAAGGUUGAAGACCAAACCUUUGCCCCCACCACCUCCACAAACACCUGCAGAUGGUUCCAGGCAUACAAACUCAGAACUGCCAGCUAAAUCAAGGGAUGGGGACUCUGAUGCUGAUAUAAUGAGACAAGACACAGCUGAAGAUAAAAAUGAUGAUGAGACAACUAGUGACCACAAAACAGCUAGUGAACAGGAUAGACAUGAAACAAACUCACCCGAUAGGAGUAGAAAGUAUGACAGAAGAAGCAGAGAGAGAGACCGAGAACGAGAUCUAAAACGGGAAAAGGAACGAGAAAUUGAAAGAUAUGAAAGGGAAGCAGAGCGAGAGAGAAUUAGGAAAGAGAGGGAGCAGAGAAGGAAGAUUGAGGAGGCAGAGCGUGAGUUUGAGGAGCGGCUGAAAGAUUGGGAGUAUAGGGAGAGAGAGAAAGAGAAACAGCGGCAGUAUGAGAAAGAGAAGGAGAAAGAAAGAGAACGCAAAAGGAGGAAGGAGAUUCUUUAUGAGGAAGAAGGUGAUGAUGAUGAUUCAAGAAAAAGGUGGAAUAGGAGUAUCUUGGAGGAGAAGAGAAGGAAGAGACUACGGGAGGAGGAGGAAGACAUGGCUGACAGACUCAAAGAAGAGGAGGAAAUUGCUGAGGCCAAGAGGAGGGCUGAGGAGGAAAGUUUGCAGCAGCAACAAAGAGAUGCAUUAAAGCUUUUGUCUUGUCAUGUCAUGAAUGGAAGUGAAAAGAAAAUUCUGGCUGAAGAAGACAUCAUUGAAAGCAAAGAUAAGGUUGCUGAACAGGAUAAUGAGGGAGAUUCUGAUAAUGGGGUCUUGCAAAAUGGCGCUGUUGAUGAGUCAACCAUGACAUCAAUGGCUGAAUCAGAUAUACGGCGAAGUGGUAAUGUGCAUACAAGAAAGUUGGGUUUUGGUUUAGUUGGGUCUGGAAAACGAGCUACAGUUCCUUCAGUUUUCCAUGAAGAAGAUGAUGAUGAUGCACACAAGGACAAAAAAAUGAGGCCUCUGGUUCCCAUUGAUUAUUCAACAGAGGAAUUGCAGGUAGUUCAACCUACUGUUUCAGGAGCACAACAACCAAGUCUUGCUGCUGCUGCAGAAUUUGCAAAACGCAUAUCUAAUGUUACUCCAAAAGAAGAGAAGCUUGAUGUGGAAAGAGAAAGAAGUAGACGUUCUCAUGAUAGGUCAAGUCAGCGAGACAGAGACAGGAUUGGUGAAGAUAUUAAAUGCAUGAGAGAUGAAAAAGAUAAGAUCCUUGAACGGGACAGGAACCAGGAACAUGGGUUGAACAAAGCAAAAACACCAGAUAAGCAGAAACUUUUGGAUGCAAAGCAGUUGAUUGAUAUGAUUCCAAAGACCAAGGAUGAGCUAUUCUCAUACGAGAUAAAUUGGGCUGUGUAUGACAAACAUGAGCUUCAUGAGAGAAUGAGACCAUGGAUUUCGAAGAAGAUUACUGAGUUUUUGGGAGAGGAAGAAACCACACUGGUAGAUUACAUUGUAUCAAGUACCCGAGAACAUGUGAAGGCAUCCCAAGUGCUGGAGAUGCUUCACUCAAUAUUGGAUGAUGAAGCUGAGAUGUUUGUGCUCAAGAUGUGGAGGAUGCUUAUCUUUGAAAUUAAGAAAGUGGAAACUGGUCUUGCUUUGAGGUCAAAAACAUAGAGCUUGCAACUUUUUUGUUUCUGGAUUGCUGCGAGACUGAUAUUCCUACUCCUACAUUUAUUCCAGGUCACAUAGAACAAAGCACAAAUUGCAAUCAAGGUACAUCAAUGUCCUGCGAUUUGAAUUGCUUCAGAAUAUAAUUUGUCAUCUUCAUGAAAUGAAUACAUUCUUGUAUUGAUUGCACUUUUGUGUUGGAGAUUGUAACGAUAUUUGUUUCUUUCCUUGUUAUUUUUCCCCCUCCAUUGUGUGGGAUGACUAGUGCUUUCUUUCCCUCCACCCUAAUUGAAGGGAGCAUAAUGGACAAGCUGUUGGAAUUCCGCGUAAUUCAAUGGUCUAAGAAAUUUUGUAUUCUCUCUUAGCUUAUUGCAUCUCAUUUUAAUAGGAUUUUGUAUUGAUUACUAUAUAUGAAAAGACACGUCCAACGCGUGCUAGUUAGUUAAUUUGUACCAAGGGGAAAUUACUAUUGAAGAAGGGUAUUGUUAUUAUUUA